AUCAAAAAUGAAAUGGAGCUCCUUGUCUGCCCGCCGAGAUGGCGCUCGACCCCGCAGAACAGCAUCUCAGACAUGUCAAAAAAGAUGUUUUGAUCCCUAAAAUAAUGAGAGAGAAGGCCAAAGAGAGAUGUUCUGAACAAGUUCAAGAUUUUACCAAAUGUUGCAAGGAUUCCGGAGUCCUCAUGGUAGUAAAAUGCCGGAAAGAAAAUUCUGCACUGAAAGAUUGUCUAACUGCUUACUAUACUGAUCCAGCCUUUUAUGAGGAGUGCAAAAUGGAAUACCUCAGAGAAAGGGAAGAAUUCAGAAAAACCGGAAUUCCUGCUAAGAAAAGGCUGCAGAAGCUUCCCACGAGCAUGUAGGCAAAUGUUUCAAUGACACUCAGGAACUCUCAUACAGAAGGCACAGUCACUGGUAUUAAUGGAAUCAAGAUAAGGAAGUAUCUUUU